AUGCGGUUUUUCUGUUUACCAGGAGGCCUUUGCAAUGCCAAAGUCAAGCCCAUCCUGUCCGAUCUCAACAAGGAUGGAGAAACAACCAGCUUUGUCUAUACGCAGGGUAAAAACCCAGUCACAGUGCCUCCCGAAUUCGAAGGGUUCUUUGGCCCCCCUCCCAACUUCACAUUCAUAGAUGGUGAUCCUCAGGUUGCUUCCUACCCGAUUCGAACACUUGGUCAGGAAGGAAGCCCUGAAGAUGCCAUAAGAAAAUUUUACAAUUCUGCCGGGCUAUGGAAGACCAAGGAUGCAAAAUCCGUGUUGGAUCCUCUAUUGGACCAAAUCGAUCAAGAUCCAGCGAUUGAAGGGAUCAUCGGGUUUUCAGAAGGAGCGGGCAUCGCUGCCUCCCUCAUUGUAGAGGAGGGCAAACGCGAGAAAGCAACCGGCCGAGUUCCUCGUCUCAAAUGUGCCAUCUUCAUGGCGGGAAUGCCUCCAAUGGAUUCGGCCACUGGCCGGUACUUGCUCCAGGAUGAAGAUGGGCAACUCAUUUCUAUUCCAACCGUCCAUAUUAUGGGGACCCAGGACGCUAUGAUCAGCGGAACUAUGGCGCUCUACAAUGUGUGUGAUCCAGACACUGCAGACCUGUUCGAUCAUGGUGGCGGCCACAUUAUUCCCCGAGAUGCACAGACCGUGACCGAAGUGGUGAAGAUCAUUCGGACCAUGGUCUCAGAGUUGUGA